AUGAAUCGAGUCACGAUCUCGGGUCUACGGCUCCGACCUCCCCACACCACCCACACCAACCACGCAACAACCAACACCACCUACCUCCCCCUCCAACAACCCCUCCGACGAGUCCCCCACCAACCGUCCGCCCACGCCGCCGGCCACCGCCGAUAUGCCACGCGCCCCGGAUCGGCAGCGCCCGAACCCCCGCGCCGCCGCGCCGUGACGCCCUUCAACGACAACGGCAACGUGCCGUGGGCCGAGCUGUCGGUCGGGGAGAAGACGGGACGGGCGGCGCAGCAGACGUUUAAUUUUGGGAUGGUGGUUGUGGGGGUGGUGUUGACGGGCGGCGUGGGCUACGUGCUGUACUCGGAGGUGUUCUCGCCCGACAGCAAGACGACGUACUUCAACCGGGCGGUCGACCGCAUCCGCAAAGACCCGCGGUGUCUGGAGCUGCUAGGGGACGGCAAGAAGAUUACGGCGUUUGGCGAGGAGACGCACAACAAGUGGCGCCGGGCCAGGCCGCUCGCGUAG